AUGAGUGAUCCAGUCGAGGCCAACACCUCCUACUUGCUACGUGGCACGCUCUUACCUCGCUCCCACAACAGCCACACCACCCUUAUCCUCACAUCCACCGCAUCCGCCACUUUCGACCCCAGGAUUAACACUAAUAACUUCUCUCAGCGAGCCUACAUCUCAAGCGUCGGCAGGGUUACGGAGUGCCAUUUUUCACAUCAAGAACACCGGUGGAUUGUCAGGGCUCGCCAUCGUGACUAUGACCCUAUUCUGACCACCGUCUACCAGGACCGAAACAUAGUCAACUUCGAUGUGGAGUACACUCUCCAACGUGCCACCAUGCGAGAAAUUGGUCUUGAGCUGUUUGCCAUUGGGAAUAUUCUGGGCUUCAACGGUAGGAUCUUUGGUUACGAUCAGGGCCACGGUCGAUGGAUCAUACAUUUGACUGAAGCAGAACCAAUGCAACCAUGGGCUCUCGAGUUCAACGUCUGA